AUGGGUUGUUGCCAGCAGCAUAAAUCAAGAAUAAGCAUAAUCAAGCCAAAUGGUUCAAUUUAUUCAUCAUCAACAAUUGAUGUGAAUAAGUUUUUGGAGUCAUUUCAAAAGCCAAGUCAUAAUCUUUUACUAUCUUAUUACGCAAGCAAUUCAAAAAUGUCCUCAGCCUUUAAGUCGUUUUUUGAAGUAAUUUUUGCUCAUGAUGAAGAUCAAAUCACUGAAAUUGAUUUGAAUUUCGUACCAUUUGGGUCAGAUGGUAUUUAUCAUUUCCAAAUGAUGUCACAGUAUUUUUCUUGUAUAAAAAUCCUCAAAUUAAGCAAUAUAGAGAUACUCAAUGUACAUAUAAAGAGAUUAUCUCACUCUAUUGAACAAAUGAGUGACCUCGAAGUAUUAGAAAUCGAGGGAAACAAAAUCACCGCAGAAGGAAUUCAACAUCUCACACCUUUUAAAUAUUUAAAUAAACUCAAAGAGUUAUAUGUGGGGAGAAAUGAUAUAGGAGCUGUAGGAAUGAGGCAUUUGUGUAGCAACUUACAGAACAGUGAAAAUUUGGAAAUAUUGAGUUUAAAGGGAAAUAUUAUUGAAGAUGACGGGAUUGUGAAUUUAAGCAAAAUCGUGCAGCGCUUUCCGAAAUUGAGGGUUCUGAAUGUUUGUGAAAAUUCUAUUACUGACAUCGGUGCCAAAAUUAUUGCUAACUUCCCCCCCUCCGUAACGAACAAAAAAAUUUUGUUCGCUCAAUGAAGGGAGUUUAAUUUUUUGUUUAAAAUUUUAUAGUAAAAUUUUUUUUCAAAAAUUUAAAAAAAUUCUAAUUUGUAAAAAUUGAGAAGUAAAAAUUAAUAAUAAUUUGCAAAAUUUAUGUUUUAAAAUGCAAGCUAUUUAAAAUUAAGCAGAAUUAGCUAGAGAUUUCAUUAAACUAAUAAUCACUUAUAUAGCAAUUUUUUUCAUAAAAAAAUUCUCUAUUAAAAUAUUUUUGUUCGCUCACGGAGGAUGGGUUUUUGGCCAAAAAUAAGGAUUUUUCCAAUGGUUUUGUUCACUCACGGAGGGGCUAAGAAUUUUUUAACUUUGGAAUAUCUCGAUCUCUCCCGAAAUAAUCUAAAUACACACAAAUUUCAAUUUCUUUUAGAAAGAAACAAACUACAAUUCAAACUCUAG